AUGGAGCGAAUAUGCAUAGUUGUACUUUUAAUUUUCGUUUGCUACUCCAAAUGUCUGGCCAUAGACUUUUGUAAUAUGACAGAGUGUAAAGGAGUGAGCCAUUUGGGCUGCAACAAUGAUUUGACCUUUCAUAGUAGUUGCAUGCAUAAUUGUAUACUGCUCAAUAUGCAAAUAUAUAAGGAUUACCUGAUCAAGUUACACAAUAAAUACCGUGAAGAUGUGGCGUCCGGAGCUUUAAUGGGUCUGGCUCGAGCUAGUCACAUGCCGGAGUUGCUGUGGCAUUCUAAGCUGGCUCUGAUAGCCGAGUACCAUGUGAAGCGUUGUCUACAGAGGCUUGAGAACUGCAUGGCUGUUACUACGUUUCCCAAUCCAGCUGUUAACUACGGUUCAAGUUGGUUAGAUAUUGCAUCGCUUCCCAGCUAUUCGCGUUCGACGAACUCUGAGAAACUAACUAGUCAAACCGAGCAGUGGAUGCACCAGGUGUACAACCUUGCACAAGGGGAUCUUGGCGGUGAAGUCUAUGAGAUUAAAAACAUACUUAAUGAUAACAACAGCUACGUGGGCUGUGCCGCGGCUGAGGACUAUGAUAAGGUGGCCGAUCGCUUUGUGCUAAUAUGUUACUAUAACCAUCCGCAUGAGCAGAAUCGUCCAAUCUAUAAGAGCGGAAAAUUCGAGGUAAAACACUGUCCUCACGGGGUCAGUGAUAGUUAUCCACAUCUGUGCAAAACGAUUACCGACAUAAACGACUAAAAGAGUACAACUUUCAUUUCUAACAAGCCGCUCCACUCUUGAUGGUUGCCUAAUUAAAUGUGACAGGUACUUGAGAAAUAAAAAAUAUUUGUGGCAAAGUAUUUUCAUGAAAAUUGUUGGGCCUCCAGAAAAAAAUGUGUAAGCUGUGUGUGGAUAGUAACAAGCUGCCAAAGUUAGUCCGAAGAAGUAUUUUCCAAAGCAAUUUGUUCGUUAUGAGCCAGAAAAACGUUUCCCCAGCCAAAAGUGCUAGACUCAACUCUAGAGCAACUAUCCUACUUCCGUCCAACUGGAGGACUUGGCUAAAAAGUGCACAAAACUGACGUGAAAUACAUAUAAA